AUGGCCGGCGGAGAUGAGUCCGCGAGACUGGGCGUGGGUUCCGGUGGCGGACAAAUUCCGCGCAGUGAAUUUCAUGUUGAUCCCCCUCGGCGUGGACGCUGCCCGUCACGCCUGAAGAUUCGGAACGAUGGUGAUACGGUGCGGAGGGCAUCGUGCGCAGUGUGGGAGGGCCACCAGUGCCAAGUCGCCGGGGGAGCGGAUCGCAGACAACAAAUAUUCGUUGCUGCCAUCGCCGUCGCCGCCGUCGCCGCCGCCGCCGCUGCUGUUGCCGUGUCCGACAGCCAUGAUCGCAAGGGGAGGUCGACGCCGACGCCAAUGCCGAUGCCGACGCCGGGGAGGGCCGCGGAUGGCCCGAUUGGGCGGGGGGAGGGCCGAGGAAGCAGAGCGGACCGGCGGCCAAGGUGCGCUAGGCCGGAAGUGGAAGGGACGGACGGCGGCCUGGCGGGCAGCUCGCCGUCAGUGGUCGCAGUCAAAGGCGGCGGCCUCCAGCUGUUCGCUCCUUGGCCUGCCAAGCGCGUCUCAGGCGCUGCCCUCUCUUGGCAUCCGCCUCCCUUCUUAUAG